UACACAAAUUUACUAUAUAUUCAUCAUUGAAUAUGUACUUACUCAGGCUCAUUGUUAGACACAUAACAUAUUCAUUUGCGAGGCAUUUGAGCGAUUAUGAAUUGUCAUAAAGAUCAUCAGUUUUGGGUUGGAGAAUGCUUGUAGAGAGAAAUUUGACGCUUCUAUAACCAUGACAUCGAGCAAUAAGGAGCGAUAUCGACUCGAGCAGGAAGCGUUCGUCUCCAAUCAUGGGGGUACGACACCCCAAGAGGUAAUUUUCACCAUUUUACCGAACGUUUGCGGCGUCUUAUUGACAGCGACAACUCUGGGAGUUCUUAGGAGAUACACCUGCAACAGGAAUGUAAGAGUCGUCAUAGAGUUUGUACUAAUUGUUAUUCCGACUAUCCUGUGCUGCACUGUACUGUCGGAACACAUUGGUACCGUAUGCAUCGCAAUGAUAUCUAUCUCUGCGCUGAAUAUAAUGCUGUUAGGGCGUAAGGGCGCUCGUUUUUCUAACUUAGAUAUGCGGCCGGUCACCGGUAAGAGACCCUUCAUAACUAACUUUCGCGCGUUAACCAAUAUUAUAACUGCGAUUUGUAUAUUAGCCGUCGACUUUCGAAUCUUUCCGCGAAGGUUCGCCAAGACAGAGGUGUUUGGUUAUAGUUUAAUGGAUACGGGUGUCGGGCUGUUUGUAUUAGCCAAUGCCCUAGUUGCACCGGAAGCUCGAGAUUUUUCCGUUUAUCGUCAAGUGGGAUUUCAGGAGACCCUUAAAAAUAUAAGAAAUUGUUUCCGAAGCUGUCUACCUCUCUUAGCGUUGGGUCUUGGGCGUUUUGUAACAGUAGAGUACAUGGGGUACCAGAAGCAUGUCACUGAAUAUGGAAUUCAUUGGAAUUUUUUUAUAACUUUAGCUGUCGUUAAGUUAUUCACUAGUAUGAUCACCAGUACGAUUAGCUCGAAGUAUUCGUUAUUCUCAGGUGCUUGGAUAUUAGGCAUGCAUGAGUACAUCAUGAGCACAAAAGGUUUAAAGGCAUGGGUUUUAAGCGAUGAUUUAAGAAAUGACUUUUUCUCUGCCAAUCGAGAGGGCUUAGUUUCUGUACCUGGUUACGUAGGUCUGUAUUUCAUUGGUGUGGCUAUUGGAAGAUUAAUCCACUCGACAUAUCAAAAUUCACAUACAAAAGUGAACACGAACAUUUCUGUAAAACUAUACGAUUUUGAAUUUGAAGCAAGCUACAAUGAAUCCAUGUUAUUAUGUAUUAAGUUAUCUUUGAUAUCUGCGCAAGCUUGUAUUGCAACAUUAUUAUGUGAUUCAUACUCAAAGGUUUCAAGAAGAUUAGCUAACGCUGGGUAUUGUAUGUGGAUAUUGACUCUGACAACUACGCUGCUUACUCUCUUACUACUUGUAGAGGUUGUGCUAGAUAUAACUAAUUAUGCAGCAAGUGAGUCAUGCAAUGAAAACAAAACAAAGAAAUUAAGUAGAAAUUUACGAUUAAAUUUAAAGAAAAAUUUUGAGAAUAAUAGGAAGGAAAAUGAAGAAUGUAUAGUUAAGAGAUCUUUUGAAAUUUGUGAUGCUGUAAAUUACAAUGGCCUGUUUUUCUUCCUUCUUAGUAAUAUUAUGACUGGUCUUGUCAAUACGUUAAUAUAUACAUUAUAUGCAAAACAGUUGGUAGCUGUCUUAAUAUUAAUUAUAUAUAUGGCUAUAAGUAUAUUUUCUACAUUGAUACUUUAUAGAUUACAAAUACCAGUCAAAUUGUAAAAUGUACAAAUAUUAUAAUAAGCUUUUAAUAUUUAUAUAUAUAAAAUCGAAUUUUUGACAAUUACACUUUAUUCCUAUAUUACUGAAGAUAAUUAUAUUGCAUAAUUUAUAUCUAAACAUGUGCAGAGAACUAUUUUUUAUUAAUAGAUUACAUUAUUUCUUGUAUGGCCAAAAGGAUAUAUUAUAAUUAAAUAUUAUUUAUAGAUUUUGAAUAAACUUUAUAAUUAAAAAUUAGCAAGUAAGAGAAAACACUGCCAAAUGCAACUCAGACAUAUCGAAGAAUCGCGCAUUUAUUUAUUAAAAUAAGUAUGUACAUUAGUAUAAAAAAAUAAGUAAAAAAUUUGUUCAAUAACAAAUAGUUUACUGCAUUUUACACUGCAGAUUGCACCACUCUCAACGUGUUAUUAUAUAUUUAAUUUUUUUAAUUUAUCUAAAUUUUGUUCACAAUUCAUCUUUGGAUAAUAUAUUUGACUUUUGUUGCAAUUGAAUUGAUUCUUUUGCGUUGGAAGGCUGUACCGAUUCUAUAUUAUCCGUUGUUUUAGUGUCAUUUUGUAUUUCACUUAGUGUCAUUUUAUGAAAAUUAUUAUUUAUAAAUUUGUUAAACGCAUUAUGAUAUUUUACAUGAUUUCUUGCAAGGGCGACAAUUCUCAAGAAUUCUUUAACAUCGAAGCUAUAGUUUGUAAAUUUUGCAUGAGCUCCACCGUCAGGAUGCGUUCCCUGUAAAUUUUUAAAUAUUUUGAAAUUUUAUUAGAUAUGCUAUAUAUUUAAAUAUUAAAAUUCAAUGAAAAAAAAAACAUUGUCUAAACAUACUGAAUCUUGCUGCACUAAUUUUGAUGUAUCUUUCCAUGUAAAAUAGCCUACGCCUCUUAGCCGUGCAAGAUCUUUAUAGCAAUUUGGAUCUUCGCAAUUAUAUCUGAAAAUAAUUUAAAUAAUCGUUUACCAUAGUUUAUGCUUCACAAUAAUAUUUCUAGAAAUAUUAAAAACGGUCUUACAUUUCGAAUACCGCUGCCCAAUCUGGUAGAAACAUUAAAUGCGUUAAUCCGGCGCCGUGAAUACCGAUAAAUAUAUCUGUGUUUCUAGUAAUUUCCAACUGUUUUUUGAAUGGCACAUUUUUAUUGUAUACCACCUGCAAGAACGAGUCAAUUAUAUAUGUGUCAUCAGUAAAUAGAACACUGAAGAUAAUUAAAUAAAUUAAAGUUUCACCUUUCUGACUUUAUACUCUGAAUUCUCCUUCAAAGCUUUCAACAAUUCGUCUUCAUUUAAAAUUGUCCUAUACUUAGUCUCUCUACUCAGCAAUGUAACGCGGAUCCUCCGAUCUUUCCUUUGAUGCAGAGGUAUUUGAAGUCGAUGUAGGACAUGAUCACCGAAAGCUUUGAACAAUCCGGAUUUUUCACAGCCAUAAAUCUAAAAAAUAUUUUCUUAUAAUUUAUAGUCUUUCUUAGAAUGUGGGGUUGUCAUAAUAAAAUGAUAUAUGAUUUUACUAAUGGUGUAUUGUAGAACAGUCCAAAAAUCAUUCGGGGCAACAAGGGAAACACCAGGUUCUUGAAACAUACUGUCUUGCCUCUGAAUGUUUUUAGAUCCCAUAAUGGAUUUUUGUAAAUGCUUGGAAAGUAUCUUGAAACGCCGAACGGUAACUGAAAGCAAAAUAUAUUCAGUGUAAAUGGUUCGAGAUA